UUGGCCGUGCAUCCACCCUGAGGACAAGCACGCAUGCGUCCUCCGUGUCUUAAGAGCUUACCCAGCUCUGAAAUAUACACCAGUCGAGUGUCUCACGUCUCUCUGAAAACAUGGAAACGAUCACAGGUGCCAAUGGUUGCGACGGCUUCCCAAAAAUCAAAGUUGCCAUCGUCGGAGGAGGCCUGGUGGGAACUCUAAGCGCGUGUUACUUUGCGAAGAGAGGUCACGAGGUGCACUUGUACGAGCUACGUCCAGACAUCCGUGACUUGGAGCACGUCCCUGGCCGCUCCAUCAACCUGGCCCUUUCUGUGCGUGGCAGGGCGGCCCUGAAGGAGGUGGGUCUGGAGGAGCAGUUGGUGCAGCGGCACGGCAUUCCCAUGUACGCGCGUAUGAUUCAUGAGCUGGACGGCUCCACCAGGUCCAUCCCGUACGGAAAGAAGGACCAGUGCAUCUACUCCGUGGGCAGGAGAUUCCUGAACGAGUCUUUGUUAACAGCGGCGGAGAAAUACCCCAAUGUGCAUUGCCACUUCAACCAAAAACUUGUUUCGGCGGAUUUGAAACAAGGGCAGAUGACGUUCGAAAGGCAGCCAAGCAAAGAGAUUGAGCAAGUGGAGGCGCAACUGGUGGUUGGCGCAGACGGCGCCUUUUCCUCAGUGCGCAAGCAAAUGAUGAAGCAGCCUCUGUUCGACUUCAGCCAAACCUACAUCCCCCACGGCUACCUGGAGCUCUGCAUUCCAGCCCUGUCAGACGGCACGCACGCCAUGCCCAAGAACUACCUGCACAUCUGGCCGCGCGGCCGUUUCAUGAUGAUUGCCCUGCCGAAUCAGGACGCCUCCUGGACCGUGACCCUGUUCAUGCCCUUCGACGAGUUUGGCAAGCUGGACACGCCGCAACGCCUGCUCGCGUUCUUCAAAGAGCACUUCCCGGACGCUGUGCCUCUCAUCGGGGAGGAAAAACUCGUGUCUGACUUCUUCGCGUGCAAGCCAUCGCCUCUCGUGUCGGUCAAGUGUGGACCGUACAACAUCGGUGACACUGCCCUCAUCAUCGGGGACGCUGCCCACGCUAUGGUGCCCUUCUACGGCCAGGGCAUGAACGCGGGCUUUGAGGACUGCCGACUGCUUGAUGCAGUGCUCCUGAAACACAAAUUUGACGUGGGCCCUGCACUAAAAGAGUUUUCUACAACGCGAAGACCUGACGCAGAGGCAAUCUGUGGCUUGGCAAUGUACAACUACGUUGAAAUGCGCGACUUGGUGAACAGGAAAUCUUUCCUGAUCAGAAAGAAGGUGGACAGCCUACUGCACUCACUGAUGCCCAACCUUUGGAUUCCACUCUACACAUCAGUCACCUUCUCUCACAUGCCAUACGCGCAAUGCAUCAAGAACAAAGAAUGGCAGGACAAGAUCCUAGACCGAGCCUUAACCUUGAUGGCAGCUUCACUGGUGGCGUUCGCAGCCUUUUUCUAUUAUAACGCAACUCAUUGAGAUCAGUGCCUUGAAAUACCCAAAAUACAUGAGAAACUGGAACCUCUCAGACCGACCAUUAUUUCUACAUAUUUGUAAAUUUCACUGCCUUUUCCUUUAGCGGGACCAAAUAAAAUAUAACUAUCCUGACCAUUCACUAGAAAUUAAGUUUUGUCUAUUGAUACUAUUCAUUCUGUUUUUUCCUGAGCAGUAUUGAAUUAUUUGAAAUGAAAUUUGACAGUUUUAAGAGA